AGUAAGUGUUGUGAGCUGUCAGUUGUCAGUAAAUGUGUGUGUGUGUGAGUAAUGAAGACGUCUCUCUUAAGUGAUCUCUAUCUCUUCUGCUGCUGGAUGAGAGAUGGCGGGACUUUUGUGGAUUAUCUUUGUUGUUUUCUGUCCUUUGGGCCUGUCUGAAAGUGGAGAUGGUGAUUUGCCUGACAAAGAAGUGACCUGCACAUCCACUUUGACUCUCAUGCAGAAUAUCCUUUACUGUUUUCCUAACGAUGAACCCAUUGAGGAGGUCAUAUUCGCAACACUCUGCAAAAUGAAAGAGAAGAGUAAGUGUACAAACGCAACUCUGGGACCAAAAUAUUUUUCUUUUGAGAAUUUAGAAAAUAUAGUGAAAUAUGAGCUGCAAGUACACUUAAGAGACGGCAUUAUUGAAAAGGAAAUUGACCUGACAAAAAUGGUCAAAAUUCCAGCUCCUGAAUUAAAAAGUGCCACUUUUUUGAAAGAAACGGAUGAAAUUUUCAUAUGGUUUGAACACCGUCAUGAUUAUGUUCGUCAAUGUCAGUUCCAAGUGGAGAUCCGUGGUGAACAUGAGCCCAUCAGUUUACUUGUUGACUAUAAGAACAUCAGUAUGAGCAGAGACAGACUUGGUGGAGAUGGUGUUUACAGUACACGUGUCAGAGCAAAACCUAUAAACUAUUUUGCCGGUGACUGGAGUGAGUGGAGUUCAGAUGCCAAUUUCACUAUAAAAACAAAAAAUCACGCCCCCAUCCAAACACCACAAGUUGUCACCGGCAUCCUUACCAUCAUUCUGGUUCUCAUCAUUAGUUUGAUUGCCCUGCGAUGGAGAACACAGAUAAAGAAAUACAUUACACCAAACAUCCCACACCCAAAAGCAACUCUCGCUCAAAUGCAAAGAGCAAAGGAGGGCCUUCCUUUCACUUUCAGUCCUGAGAUAUUCAGCGACGCCUUUAUACACCGCGUGGAUUAUGUUGAUGAAAAGCCAUCUGCCCCUGAGCUUCAGGAUGAGCUUCGCUACAGUUCCUCAAGUGCGUCAGUGAGUGAAAUGGACAUGAACGCAGAUGAACGGCUUCCGAGAGAGCAGUCCCAUUUAAAAAUAAGAUUGUUAGAUGAAUCAGAUUUGGAAAAAGAAAUGGAAAAUAGUGUCUCUCAGGGUCUGAAGUCUCCUCAACUCGAAUGUAAAGAAGAAGCCUAUGUCACAAUGUCCAGCCUCUUCAAAACACAAUGAACUGGACGUGUUUUUGUGAUUUUACAGACUCUCGGUUGAAGAACUCAUUGUAUUCACAUGAUAAAGGUUAACUAAGAAUAUAUAUGAAGCAUUUCAUAAACCAGGAAGCCUGUUGCAUAAAAUGAGAUGCUUUCACAUGUCAGACAUAUUCAGUUGUUAAGUAUGUUUGUAUCAUAGCAGUUAUCCACAGGUUUCAUUUUCAACCAAGCAUCACGCACACCUGUGGUUUCCAUUUUAGUAGCUGAUUUCCUUCUGAAUGUUUCAGAAACAGCAUUAAGGGUGAAUUAUUGAUCAGUUCACAUUGCUGAACUCACCACACAUACUCAGACCUCAUGUAACUGCUGCUAGCCUCAGUAUCCUCUGCUAUAGACAUUAAUCCAUGUAUGUUUUCAUCUAUAUAUGUAUAUAUACAUACUGAUUUCAUUGCAUGUUUGUCACACUUUAAUGUUUCAGAUCAUCAAACUAAUAUAAAUGUUUACUUGUAUCGAUGACACAAGUAAACACAUCAGUCAGUUUUUAAUUGAAG